AACUUCAGCCCCUUCGCUUUAGCUCAAUGUUAUGACCACAUUUGAGGGACACCUGUUAAAAGAUGGUGGUUGGAGAAAAGGCUGGAGGAAAAGAUACUUCAAGUUGACGAAAAUUUAUUUCCAAUAUUAUGAAAACGAAUUCAGCACCUCACCUAAGGGGGCUGCAGUCGAGGAACCAUUCAAAAUGUUGAGCUGGUAGAUUUAAAAACAUUCACAUUUAAAGUAGCAUUGAAAUCAGAAGCAUGGGAUCUCCAAGCAGCAUCUAUGCAAGAGUUGAUACAAUGGAUGGAGGCGAUAAAGCCCAAAAGUGCAGCAUCGGUUAUUCAGUCUCAGCAAGUGAACACGGCAACACAACAAAACAUCAGUGCAUCUUUACUUCAUGCUCAAUCAGUAACAACAAUAGUACCUGAGAACAGUGAGCAUGCAUACCAACCAUUACCCCAUUCCUUCACCCAUAACCCCAGACUCUCCAUGGGUUCAGAUGGAAGAUCAUCCCCCUCCUCACCCAGAGUCAGGACGACGAGCAAUUCAUCAGCUAGAAGUCAGUCACCUUUACGGAGUUCAUCACCUGGAGGUCGAGUAAACCCUCCCCAAGUUAAACCAGAGACUCAUCCUGCACGAACAAGUCUCCAUGAAACAGACGCCCCACAAAAACAUGCAGUGUCCGCGCGACAGAGCCUUCCUGGGACAUUCACCCCUUCUCUCCCCCUCUAUACCUUAUCUCAACGUAGGAAGAGCUGUGACAUUCCCCUUACAGAGAUUGAGUAUCAGGAUCCCGUAGAAGCAUUGCCCGACUCACCACAACAAGACACCUCGCUCAACACUGACAGAGUGGGCCAGGACACUCCCCCCAACACUUCUCUACCUCUCGACUUGGACUUUAGUGACGACGAAUUCCUGGACUUUGGGGACGACGGGACGUACAUGAAUGAUCCACAAGACACGCUUCACACCCUGAGAAGUGAAAUCAGGACUCUCAGACUAUCAGACGGAAAUACUACAGCGAUGGAAAGAGGAGUGGAUCAGGAGACUCCCCCUAACACUGCGCUACUGGACAGAGUGGGCCAGGAAACUUCCUCUAUUGCUACUGCUGUACCUUCUGUCCUCAUCAUACCAGACACACCAGAUGGAACAUUCAAAGCAGAGUACAUUGCACCCCUUAGUAUACCUUCACAGUACAGUGAAUCACCUGCCAACCCUUCUUUGUACUGUGAGAAACCUGAGUAUCGUAACGAUAGUAACCAAGGUAACCAAAAUGACGAUAGUUACCUUGGUAACGACACCAGUCAAGAUGGUGGAGGAUUUGAUUGCUACUCAUCUCCAGCAGUUACUAGACGUUCUAUCAAAUCUAAAAAUGUGACUGGCAAUGUGAACUACUGUGUUACCGUUCCUACACCUGACUCAGAAGAUGAUUCAGAAGACAAUCUUCCUAACCUUCACAUCAAAUCCACAGCUCCUGCCACCACUGAUCACACGCUACACAGAGAUAACAGCAAUUCCUUUCUCUCUACCGAGUCAUCUCCAGCCAAUCCUAUAACUACACUUAGAAUCCGAGAGUGGGUCAGAAAAAUCACGAUCGUAAAGAAAGCGUUUGUGGAUCCGGAAGAUCAAGAAGUGGGUGCUCUUGACAAGUUUCUGAUAGAGCACGCCACCUGUCUUCCCAAAGAUAACUUUACUCUACUUCAGAAAAUUGGAAAUGGUGCCUUUGGUGAGGUCUGGAAAGCCCGGUGUGAAACUGCUGUUAACGGAGAUGAUGUAGUCGCAGUUAAGUGUCUGAAAGAGGGGGCGACUGAUAAACACAGACAUGAUUUCUAUGGGGAGGCCGCACUCCUCGGACAAUUCCGACACGCCAAUGUUAUAGCUCUUCACGGAGUCAUUUUAAGAGAUACCUCACCGUGGAUAGUAAUAGAGUACGCAGAGAAUGGAGCUCUGAAGGGAUUUGUGAAGAAACACGGAGAAAACCGCCACAGUAACCAACUCCUCAACUACUGUAGGGAUAUUGUUAGAGGGAUGAAGUACCUAUCAGAGAGAGGUUACAUCCACCGAGAUUUGGCUGCCCGCAACGUACUUCUCACUAGAAUGGAAGUUUGUAAGAUUGCUGACUUCGGUUUAUCUAGAAAGUUGGGCGAUGACGAUGAAAUUUAUGUUUCAAAGGGAGGAAUGGUGGCGAUUAAGUGGACUGCUCCGGAGGGAGUGUUGGGAGCAAGCUACUCGAGCGCCAGUGACGUCUGGAGUUGUGCUAUCACCAUGUGGGAGGUUUUCUCGGACGGGGCUAAUCCGUGGUCCGGGCAAUCUAACGAGGACGCCUUUAGGAGAAUCCGGAAGGGUGGCAGACUCGCUAAACCGGAGAAAUGUCCACUAGACAUCUACAAGACCAUGCUCAAGUGCUGGGAAGCUAACCCGCUGGAGAGACCGACCUUCGCUGAGUUGGACAGACUACUGUACGACCCUAGCACGGACAAUGUCGGACAACCUCUGUAUGAGAAUACGGAGGGGUUUGUACAGUACGUGAACUUACAGUAUGAAAAUAUGCAGGAUGUUCAAGGAACAUGAACAUUUCGUAAAUGUGUAAUAAUUGUCGUUCCAAGGUUGGUUUUAUUAAGGUUUACCCGCCUUGUAUUAAUGCAUGAGCUGAAUUAGUUGUUAUAAGCACUAGGUGAUUUAAUAUUUUUCGUCAGACAGAUGCAUUUUAGCUUUUUACGUUAGAAAAUUGUUUUGGAGUACAUUUCAGCAGUUUUUGUUUGUUUGAGCAGUUUCAGGUGUUGAAUGUUUAAUAUUCAUAUUUCACAAUAAAUUUGAUUGUUAAUAAAUAA